UCGGACACGAGACAGGCACACGCCAGCAGCAGGGUUGACGGUCGUGACUUCCAAUGAUUCCCUUGGACGUAAAUGGCAGGGCGGGAGGGCUGUGAAGAAGGAGGAAGGGGAGGUCGGUCCACUUCACUUGGGCAGGCACGCUGCACGGAGAGGUGCUGGAUUGCUCUUGCUCAAAACAUACAUAUUUCCGCGCCUUCCUCUGCCGCUCCUUCGGAGCUACCCUCCCCCCUUCUGCCUCCCUCCCUUUCGCUGCCUUCCCGUCAAUAUCCUUCCACCCCCGUCCCCCCCCGGCCGUACUUGCUCGUCAACCCCCUCCCCGGUCCUUCCUCUUUCACUUUCAAUUGGCAGCGGCAUCAGCAUCAGUCCGCAUCCUUCCAAGGAAAUCGCGACCUUGCUCUCCUCCUUCUUCCUCCUCUUUUCCCCUCUUCCCCAUUUCUUCCUACUUUUCACCUUCCUCCUCUCGCUCUAACUCUUGCAAAUUCUCUGCCCUGUGACGCCGUCGCCAAUCGAUCCCACUUCGUCACUGCGGAUCGACAAUACUACAAUACUCGCGCGGCACUACCGAAUACGCCUUGGACGGAUACUGCCCGCGACCAGGUACCGUCUCGUCUGUACGAACCAAGCGAAGUAGGGCCCUGCCAACCGCCGAACCCAACGCCGACCCGCGCAGUAGCCAGGAGACGGUCCGUCUUGGGAGCUCCCUCACAGGCACACAGGCACCACCUGAACCUGACUCAGCCACCCGCGCCAAUUAUCAACCGUUCGUCUUGUCUGAACACCCGUCGCUCCAUCGCCGUUGUUACCGCCCAGACGCGACAAUCACUUCCCACAAUUUUCCAAAGAAACUCUUGACCAAGACUCCAUCCUCGCCUCGACUCCCCGACGCACCCGUCACUUGUGUGUCGUUUCGCCCUCAACUGAGGCCUCGUACCGCCGCCAGUUCCACGUGUAUCGCCAAAUUCGGCCUCUCACACGGCCUGGUGGAGAGUCGACCGCGCUUCUGAAUCGACUGAAUCGACGAGUUGUUCAUUGCAGAAUCGCUUGUAUUGAAACACCUCCCUCUCUCCGCCCUGCAAGCUACCUGUGAGCCAAUCGCUCUCAUUGGAGGUACGUUGUUCGACGCUGUGCUUCCCAGAUUUUGCCGAGUGCACUACGGCACCUCUGCCGAUCAUCAAUUUGCCUCCCAAGAAACCUGCUGCAUCUGUUGUGUUAGUUGCGCACAAAAUGAUUGGGUCUUUCGCCUUGGUUGCCAAUUGCCCAACUCGUCGUCCCAUCUCAACUCUUCCGUCGUCUUGUUUUGUUGAAUACUCAUCAUCCCUUGUUCGGAGUCUGGCGAUGCCAUCAAAGCUGCUCCCUCGCCAGUCGCUAAUAUGUCUUCACCACCUAGUCAACCGCCACAGAUCUUGCUGAGACAAGAAAACACAAUGUCGUCGAAUGCUACGACUCCGGGCGGCGAGGCCACAACGGCUCCCGCCGCGACACCGGGCAGUUCCGCACCCGCAGAGACGAGCGCCGCCGCCGUCACCACCACUCCUCCGGCAGAGACCUCCUCAGCGGCUCCUACCACCGCGCAACAACCCACGACGCAGCAAACCUCUGCGGCAGCAGCACCAACCACGUCUCAAGCUCCGGCAGCGACGACUUCUGCGGCAGCUGCACCAACUACUCAGCAGCAGAACACGACUCCGACUACUCAAGCUGCCGAAAGUACUACCCAGCAACAGCAAACUACCCUAGUCGCGACUACUGUCGUCAUCACGCCGACCGAAGCAGGAGGUCAGACAAGCACCAUCUUUACCGUCAUCACUCAGACCAAGGGCGUCACACAGACUGGAACUGCUGCUAGCUCAUCUGCCUCCGCUACGGCGUCAGGCGGCGCCAUCAACUCCGGUGGUAACUCCAAGGGCGGUCUCGGUAACGGGGGCACUAUCGCGGUUGCCGUUGUCGUACCCAUCGCUGCUGUUGCCCUGCUCAUCCUAGCUGGCCUGUACUUCUGGAGAAAGAGGAAGCAGCGCAAGGACGCUGAGGAGGAGCGACGAAAGGAGGUCGAGGACUAUGCCUACAACCCGAACGCGGACCCCACAAUCCCGUCCCUUGGCGAUGGCGGCUCGUACGAAAUGAAGGAAGAUGCGGCCUCAUCCGGAUACCGUGGUUGGGGUUCUACCACUCUUGCCGGCUCCACAGGACGUAAGGCGUCCACGACCAUGUCCGGAGGCAACACAGGAGAGCCUUUGAUCAACGACGGCUCGUACUCACCUGAUGGCGAGAUCCUUGGCGCCAUGGGCCCUUCAGCAGCCAUGAACCGUGGAGGCGGUGUUCAACGUGGACCUUCCAAUGCGUCAUCUUCCUACAGCGCAGGGAACCACUCAGAUACCUCUGACGGAAUCGGCAUGGCAUACAGCGGCGGCGGCAGCAACGGCAAUGGCAAUGGAAAUGGUUACUACGAUCAGUACGCCAACAACCCAUACUCUGACAGCCCUUACGCCAACCCGGCUACUGAGCUCCCCGGCCAACCGGUCAUCCGCGACAACCCAGCUCGUCGCAACACUCGGAUUGAGAACCCUUCGCACUAUCCCCAACAACAAAACGCUGGUAUUUCCCAGAACUUCUAGACAAGGUCUGGCGUGUUACUAUAAAAGUUUUGUUUGUUGCUUAUUAGUCUGCUGGGGUUCUGUUCCGAAGAUACCCACCAUCCCCAUCAGACCAACGAUCUCGAAAUCGAGAAACACACACGGCGUUACGGAUUUACGGAACCAUGCGACACGGUGGCAUUGUAUUGCCACGCGACGCUUCUCUUACUUUUAAUAUUGUUUGCUCCGCUGCCUUGCCUGGCGUAUUCCAAACGUAAUGGCUCGCCAAAUGCCACGGAGAUCAUAAUCCACUUCGACGCACAUGAUUUAUUCGUCAUAUACAUAAACAUCUCGGGGAUUCGUUCCGACCCAUGCUAUCCACAGCGUGUUGCUCCAGUCUAAUCUGUUGUACAUAGCAUGCCCAUGAAGGGCGCGCACAGGCAACAUGAUUUGCUGAUGUCUUUCCUGGGCAAAGCAACCAACAGUACCUUGGCGGCAAGAAACGAGCUUCCGCACAAGAAAAAUUGGAGGAUUCUAGUAUAGUAGUAGGUAGCUAAAGAGUAGGAUAGUCGACAUCGCUAAGAUUUCGAAACACAGUCUCAUAUAGACACGUAUGAAUGAAUAUUCCUUUGUCAA